AUGGGGAACGACGGAGGAAGCAUUCCUACGCGACGCGAGCUCGUCAAGGAAGCUGCGCGGAACCCAACAGCCACCGAACUGAAAGACAAGCAAAAAGAGCACCUUGCUCAUCGUUGGUCGACCUGUCCAGUCUCCCACAAGCCCCUGGUCAAGCCUAUCGUCUCAGAUUACUCAGGCGACCUCUACAACAAGGACGCCAUCAUUCAGUUCCUACUACCCGCCGAAGCCAGCUCUGUGGACAAGCAAGAGUACGAGAAAUUCAUCCAGGGCCGCAUCAACAGUCUGAAGGAUGUAGUCGAGGUACAAUUUGAAAUAGAACAUGACGAGAAGACCAAAUCAGACAGAUGGAUCUGCCCUAUCACAUCCAAAGAGCUCGGUCCGAAUGUCAAGGCAGUGUACCUCGUACCCUGCGGACAUGCUUUCUCGCAAGAAGCCAUCAAGGAGAUGAAGAACGAGGGCAAAUGUGUUCAAUGUGGUACUCCCUACGAGGAAAGAGACGUCAUACCCAUUCUUCCGAGCACUGAGAAGGACAAGGCACUCGUAAUAGAGCGGAUAGAAGCCUUGAGGUCUUUGGGACUCUCACACUCUUUGAAAAAAGCCAGCGGCAGCAAAAAGCGGAAGGCAAAUGGAAACACCAAGUUAGAACAAGUGCAGAAUACUUCGGAAGGGCAAGCAAUCAGGGCAAACGGGCAGGAGAAAACAACGCCGUCCGACGCCUCUCUUCCUGCGAAACCCCAGUCAGGGACCUCGACACCGAAUUUGCCGAAUGGGAUUAAGAAUGCCGCAACCGCCAGUCUCACCGCACGAGUCAUGGAAGAAGAAGAAGCCAGGAAGAAAAGGAGACGUGAGAACGAGAACAUCAGUUCCUUGUACUCGAAGAAAUCAGAUGAGAAGGCCAGAAGGGACGGCGAUUUCAUGACCCGAGGGUUUUCGAUCCCAGCAAACGCCCGACACAAAUAG